UCGUUCCACUGUCUCGUCUGUUGUGUAGUUCAUGCAUUUCAAUUUAACAUAAAUGGUUCUCCUGCUUCACUGAUACAUAUUAAAUCCCUGUUUUUUUGUCAUCUCACUGUCCAAGAACAUCGUUUCCAGACUAACACGAGCUGAAAAGUCAGACUUUAUGCUCGCGAUGCGACUGAAGAAGAGGUCGUUUGAGCAGCCAUAGUAGGGAGUGUACACACCUCACACACUGCAUGAGGCUCAGCAAUGAAUCCACUUGAGUGGGAAGAUGCUUUCCGAAGACUGCAGAGAUAUCUGGACCCUAAUAACAGUGGUGCUAAUAACAGUAUGGGAAGUGCCUUAAGAGCUAAUAAUGACUGGGACGGUUAUUGCAAAUACUCAAGACACACUGUGGAUGGAGCACAGUACAGCUUGGGAGUGAAUGUGGGACGGGAGGAACUCAGUCCCCCCUCCCAUAACUUUUACAGUAAGGAGCCGGACGUUGAGGACCCAGAUGGAGAACCGCUGGAAAUAGACGUGGAGGAUUCAGAGCUGGCAAGAAAACAGCAAGAGCUGAGAGAGAUAGAGGAGCAAAUAACACUGAAGAAAGCUGCCCUCGCUUUGAAAAAGGUUGAACCGUUUGUAAAGACAACGCCAUCAGGCCUUUCCUGUGAUGAGCAGUCAGCUACAUGCACAGGUGAAACUCUUCGAGACAGGGUGAAUUUAAUUUUGCAGCAGCGACAUUCUCUCAGCUUUCUGUCAAAGGUCCAGUCACCCAUAAAGAGAAUGAACUCGUCCAGUGUCAGAAAAGAUGGUUUGCUGCUUGAAAACCAUCCUCUGAAACUGAGAGUGAAGGCACUAAUGAAGCAGAGACGUUGUGACCCCUGUGUACUACCAACACACACAGAGGUCCCUGAUGUCACACCGCCUCCUCCCAGCCUAAGUGGUACUUCACCAGCCGAGGAGGAGAAGAGCAACAAGGGUUUCCAGCGCUUCCUCAGUGUGCUCAACAAAGGAGUGGACAUCGACUUGCUCAGCAGGAUUGUCAAUGAUGACAGUGAGGAUCUUGCUUUAGGCGAGGAGCUCCUGAACAUUCAGCCCCCUGCUGUGGAGAACAGAUUAGAACCACCCUUCAGGAGCGAGACCCAGAGAUCGAACAGUGGAGGUUCCCUGCCUGGCCGUGGUCGGACCAACAGUGGAGAGAGAAAGACUGAGCCGCCCGGUCAGGAGAGAUCCCACAGUGAAAGACUGUCCCUGCCCGGUGAUGAGGAGAAGAGGGAUGACAGAGGAGACGGCUGUUUUGGCUCUAGCAGUCGAUCAGAGUCUCCCCCGGCAGUGAAAAAGAAGAAGAAAGAAGAAGAAAAGUCAAAGGUGGAUGAGCAGCGUGAACAGCUGCAGAACAUUCUUAAAACUCUUGGGUUGAGCCUGGAAGUGGAAGAGAUGAGCAAACUAGCAGACCGCACUCAGGAGAGGCUGUAUGGGAAAAAGCAUGAAGGCAGAUGGGGGGCUGACAGCAGAGAGGGGCAUGAUCAUCAGCAGAGAGGUUCCCACAGACAUUACAGGAACUCCUCAUCCUCAUCCUCCUCAUCGUGCUCUUCCUCCUCCUCGUCAUCGUCCUCCUCCUCCUCCUCAAGGUCGACCUCAAGGAGCUGUAGUCCCAGCCCCUCUCGCCGUUGCCACACUCACAGCAGCGACUCAAAACGAAGGCAAAUGUCCGGCGAACGCAGCUCCUCAGGAGACACAAACAGAGAUGGACUAACACUCCGAGACAACAGCCUGGACAGCAAAGAAGCACAGAGGCCCAGGGAAAUCGACACAGACAGAGAAGACUCCAAAGAAAUCUCUUCUUAUCAUCAAUCGUAUCCUCAAGAACAGACUUAUUCCCGUCCCCACCCUGCUGUUUUUUCUGAGUUUCCAGAUUACAGUUUAUCCAAGUACUCCCAGUACACUGCCUACCACAGCGGCACUGACAGAGCAGCUACAAAUUCUUACUGGACAUAUACUCAGGGUGCCAUUCCUUCCUCCCUUGAUUCCAGCGGGUAUCCUUACCCACAUGACACCGACGGCCACGUUCCUGACUCUGUUUAUCUUACUUCCUUUGAGGACAUUAACUUACUUGUGAAUCCAGACUUGUCUAAGAGUGAAGGCCAGAUCGGAUCAGCCUCUGGUCAUCGCUGCCUGCGGGUCAUCAACCCAAAGCAGUCAAAAACUCAGAGCUGCGUAAAGCAGCUCACAAAGGUUCCCAAGAGGAAGGCGAAAUACAAGGACCGUCGCGUGUGGUUUCGAAAGGUAAAGGAGAGAAAGAGACAGAAAAAACUGUUAGCAAAACAAGCCAAACAGAGCGAGGGAUCUGUGGGGAAGGUGGAGGCUGCACGCGAUGAUGGAGACGACUCUGAAACCAGGCAGUCGGAAGACGAGAAAAGACAGCCAACAGAGGAGGAAAUAAAGGUGAACCUGAGGAAGAAGCUAGAAGCAUUUAACCAGAAGGUGAAGGAAAAAGUCACACAGCCAGUUCACUCCCUCACCUCUCAGACUGGUUAAAAUCUGUGGAGUGUCAGGACUGUCUUAGAUCUGGAUCUGCUGUGAGCCCGGACAGACCACGUGGACCUCACAUUUUACACUCAUUAUUUACAUAUGCGGCUCACAGUGUGACAGGACCAUUCUGAAUUUCAGUCAUAUUUCCAGAUUUGAACUGAAUCCCUCUCAAACUCUAACUAGUAAAUGAUAUCUUCUUUAGAAGAAUAUUUUUGUGUGAUUAGUUGUCAGCUGGCAGAACAGGUUUCACUCAUUUCAGCCCUUCAUUUCUGUGUAUAUCACUAAUUUGUAACUCAGUUUCAGUUCAGACUUUUUCUCUUGUAUAAAUUUGAUAAAGCAAAAUCUAUU